CAGCGGCCCGCGGGGGUGCGCAGCGCCCGGCUCCAUGUGAGACGCUGUCGCCUCGCCUUGCAGCGGGACCUCCAGGCCAAGCUGUCGCUGCGCUACACGGAGAUCUCCAAGAGAAGCCAGCCGCCGCCUCGGCUCCCGGUGGGUCCCAGUCACAGGUUCGCCAAUAACUAUUACUGCACCCGGGAUGGGCGCCGAGAGUCUCUGCCGCCCAUCGUGGUCGUGGCAGCGCAGAAAACCCUCGCUGCGGGGGCUCAAGCUGGCAGUUCAGGCUCUGCAGUGACAACAGCUGAGAAAAAGCCAGUGACACCAGGACCAGCACUUAAGAAGUGGGAAAUUUCAAAAGACCAGCCCUAUUUGUGAGAAAUAAGUAUGACAAGGUUGGAUGUGCAGGUCACAGUGCGUUACAAAGCAGCACUCUAGUGCCUGUGGUGGAUUUUGCUACAGUGAUGCUGUGGGGAACUUGUCCUAGUGCUGCUGAUGCAUGACUAAUAAAUGUAUUUAAAGUUCUGAUUAUCCCCCCCCAUCUUGUCUGUUCUAUUUGAGUUAUCUAAAUUACUACUCUUGAAUAUUGUUUUGGGUGUAAGGUUUUCUUGAGGGAAUAGCAGCGUAGUAUGUGCCUUCGAGCUCAGGCUGAGCGGAUUUGUAAGCUGCAGCUGAGAUACCACCACUUAAGGACACACCCCAGCCAAAAAGUACCCGAUGCUCUGACUUUGUGGUGAGAGAGACGAGUUAAGUAGCCUCACCACUCUUGCCACAAGUGCCCGAUGUCCUGGUCAGGCUGCCCUGCUGCAGCUACAACCUUUCUGGAUGCUGAGCCGCUGUAGUUCGGUCCCUCCCCAGCGACAGCGGGUCACCUGGGCUCAGGCCGUGCUUGCAGCGAGCUACGCUCCUUAUUUCUCAGCGGCCGGCGGGAGGGUACGCCUGUUUCCAGAGGAUGCCGGGGCAGCGCCGACGGAG